AUGGAUGGAGGCGGUUCUACAUUUGAUCUCACAGCACCAGUAUAAUUGAUGCAGCCUAAAAUAAAUGUUUCGAAACAACCAGAACAAACAAUUAAUAAAGGAUAAAAGGAAGUAUGUAAUAAUUGAAUAAAUCAGUUACAGCCAUAAAAGACUUAAACUUCUAAUUCAAAACUGCCAUAAUUGGGCAAUAAUCAGAAUGCUUCAAAAAGUGUGAAUCAAAAGGCUUCACAACCAGGACAUUAACAUUCUCCAAAAUCACUUUCAAAAGUAAAAAAGAUUGAAUUGUUUCGAGAUGCAUUACAAUAGGCAACUACUAAAUUACUACGUAUUUAUUAUAUUUAAUAUAUAUAUAUAUAGCUCCUGGGAAAAAGGAUAAGGACAAAACACAGAAACCUAAACCUCUAUAAGAAUCUUAAUAGUAACAGAUUGAGGAGAUAAAAAAAGAAUAUGAAGAUUUAGUGUAAAAUCAUUAUAAAGAUUUAUAUGCUCAUAUUGGAAAUGAACAAUAAAAAAGUUUGCAUGAUUUAUAUAAUAAAAGAAUCGUUACAGCUUUACAUGAUUUAGAAUCAAGACCAAAAAUAUAAGGUGCUUUGGAACGAAAGGAAGAAUAAUUGAAUAAAUAGCGAUUAUAUAAGGAUAGAUUAUUAUAUGAAAUAAAAUAGAUGAUAAUUAAGAGUAGAAGAAUGGAUGAAUUAUUAAAUGAUUUAGCAAUAUAAAAUGAUGAUACUGAAGUCAAAGAAUCAAUUGAGGAAUUAAUAUAAAAGGAAUAAAUGUAAGAAGAAAAGAUGGCUAAAUAAACAUAUGAAAUAGCUAAACUUAGAGAUAUGUAUGGAAAAAGAAGUAAUUAGAAUAAUUAAAAUAAGGAAAAUUACUUUUGGAAGUCUAAAAACAAUGUUAGAUUACUUAUGAUGGAUUGAAAAUCAAAUAUUAAUAAUAUGAAGCUUCAUCAUAGAGUAUGAUGAGUCGUAAGAAAUAAUUAGAAUCAUUGUCAAAAAUAGUAGCCAAAUAUAGAAGUGAAUUUCACAAUUAAUAAAACUUUUUUGGAGCAAGUUUAAAAAGAGGAUUUGAUCCUAUGCUUGAAGAAAUCUUAGAAGAUGAAUUAUCAAAAUGUGGUGAUUUAUAAGCAUUAGAAAUUGUUUAAUAAGGAGAGAAGAAAAUUAUAGGAAUUAAAGAAGAAAAUGAAAAGAAAAAGAAGGGAGAAUAGAAAGAUAAAGCUAAAUUAGCAAUUGAGAAUGCUACACAAAAUAUUAAUAAAUAAAAAAAUGAUAUUCAAUAAGAAUUAGAAAAAAAAGUAAAUUAUAUUUAUAAUUUAGAAAUAAAUGUUUUAAAAAUUGAGAGUAGUAACCAGCAUAGCUAGUUAAGAAGAUAUGCAAAAGUACAAACUCAAUAUGGAUUUAGAUUAAUAAGAAUUGAAAAAUAUAUAAGAAUAUGUAGGCAAAGAAAUUGAAAGAUAUGAAAGACAAAAUGAAGAAUUGAGAGCUGAAAUCAAAAAAUUAAAAUAUGAAUAAGAGAAUUCUAUUUUAGAUGCUUAAAUUAAUUUGGAUGAAUAAGAAAGAGAAGUCACUAAAUAAUAAGAUUUACUUUAAGAAAAAGAAAAAUAAGUUAAAAAAGUUGAAAAGUCUAUUGAUGAAGUUACUAUGUCAUUGUCAAGAAUUAUGUAUUAAUUAAGUGGAAAGGGAUUGAAACCUAAAAAUAUUGAAAUUAAGAGACAUGCUUUAGUUGCUACAGCAUCUACUAUUCAAUUGAGAUUAGAAAGAAUGCUAACUGUCUUAUCAAAAACUUAGGAAUUUUUAAAUGAAGAAUCCAUUAAUACAAAUCCUAGAUAUAAUAAAGUUGAAGAUUUUAUAUGUCUUAAUCCAAAGGUAAUUCUUAAUCUUUAUUUAAGAGUUACAUCUCUUAAGAAAUCAAUGACAAUGUUGAAACAAACAUUAAAUUUGUAUAUAAGGAAGAAGACAGUUCAGAUGAAGAUUGUAAAGAUAUGGAUGAAGUUAGAUAAUAAGUCAAAUCUAGAGCAUAAGAAGAAAAACCUUAAGUAAUUGUUCCACUAAAAAAGGAUAAAAAAUCUAAAUGA